CUGGGCAGCCCCUUCCCAGAAUCCUCACCUCCAGGUGGGCCCCUGGGCCUUGGCACUGCCCCAAGUCAGGACAUGGCCGAGAAAUUCAAUUUUCCCGUAGACGACCAGAGCCAGGAUCAACUGACAUGUGAGAAUGUUUCAAGUGCAGAGAUUCCUGGACCACAGGAGAAGGAACUAUGGAGAAAAAAGCUUCACGUAAGUCACAGUGAGAAGCAGGGCCCUCUCCAGGAAGAUGGAGGAGAUUGUGUUUCAGGUGGGACCAACCAGAAUGAGAGUCUCCUUUCCUUGGAUAGGUACAUUCUUUGGAAAGACAAGUAUUAUUUGCUUUUUUCUUUUGUUUGUUUGAGAGAGGCUGGAGGGAAGAUGGGAAGAAGAAAGAAAAAAGGGAAGAAGGGGAAAAAGGAAGGGAGAGAGGGAGGGAAUAAAGGAGGGAGGGAGGAAGGGAAACAAGUAGUUAUUUCAUCAUUACUUCUCCCCCUCCCCCCUCUACCUGAACAGAAGCUCUGCUACCUGAAAGAAGAACAGAAAAGACUGAAACUGAGAAAGGAAGAGCUACAGCGACUCCAGACAGAACAAAAUGUCCCAAAUAAGGAGGAGGUUCCCUUUCCAGUGCCUCAGGCAGUCCUGGUGUUCCGAGGACUGAUCAAGGAGGGAGAGGAAGCGCAUGAGACCGUGAUUUCUGAUCUCCAGGUCCAUUAUCCGCUGCCUGGGAGUUCAGCUUUGGUCAGCUUUGAGGACCCUAAAGUGGCAGCUGAUCUCCUCCAGGACCAAGAACAUGUUAUCUUCUUGGAGGAUUGCCGGCUUCCUGUCCUCAUCCAGCCUGUGGAGUUGCCCGUUCCAACCUCCAUCAAGGUGCUCACUUGGUUAUGCAACCAGAAAGUGCUGGUGGUUGGGCUGCCCACUGACCUCGAUUUGAGUGAAGAUAUCCUAUUGGACAAGCUGGAACUUUUCUUUGGCAAGCCCUCCAAUGGAGGUGGGGAGGUGACAACUCGAGAGCUGCUUCCAGGGGCUGCUGUUCUGGGCUUUGUUGAUGACAAAGUGAUUGAGAACCUGAUCCAGACCCGUUGCUUCAGGGUGCCCCUGGGCAGUAAAAAAGUUUCUUUGAGAGUUUUCCCCUAUGUUGAUGGCAAGAUCCAGGAAAUGGAGAUAAGUCACUGCCCAGUCCCCAACUCAGUGCUGGUACCUAAUAUCCCAGACAUUCUCGAUGGCCCAGAAUUCCAGGACGUACUUGAAAUCCAUUUCCAAAAGCCAUCUGAAGGUGGGGGUGAGGUAGAAUCGUUGAUAUAUGUAGACCCUAGGAAACAGAGUCUGGCCCUUUUCACCCAGGAGAGAGCUUAAUCAGCUGCACAACCCUCCCUAGAUGCUUCUCUUUGCAUCAUUGUCCCAGAUUUUGUUAUCUGUACUUAAAGGGUGGUAGGCAGGUUUCAUUCCCUUCUCUCUAGCCAUCUCCCCUUUAAGACAUUAAAGCAAGGAAAGCAUGUACUGCCAUCACUAUCAUGGAUUUUUUUUAUAGCAUUUCACUCCAACCUGACUGGGGAGUAGAGAGAGGGAUUUUAUACCUGGCACAGAGCAGGUGCUUAAUAAAUGCUUUUGACUGUAUGAUUGAGUAGGAGAAAAACGGAGGGCUGGGCUAGGCUAGGGGGUCAAGAAAC